AUUUACUCGCUGCGACUAAGUCGCUCAAUGUAAUCGUUCUAGUCGCUUACUCACCGCGUAUUGAAUACUCGCUGCUCGCCCACGAUUAAAGUUGACGGCCGGGCUACUUUUUUCGCUACUCGCUGGCUAUUUUACACUCCAGCGAGUAAAAUCGCUUUGUGUAAUCGACAUGGCUAGUAAAAUCGCUAGUGUGCUUAUGACUAGUUGUUGUUGCAAGAUGUCGGAAGCUUUAGUUCGCGCAAGUAUUGUAAUUAUUUCUCAUUUAUUGCGUCAGAAAUUGGAAAAAGGAAAACUAAGAAGAAUAAAAGAAUUUGGGUUAGAGAUUGGAUUGCUAGACGAGAGAAAUAUGGUGCAUCGAGUACAUUAUUAAACGAAUUAAAACACGAAGACUGUAGCCUAUCGAAAUAUUCUAAGGAUGAACGGGGCCCAGUUUGAUACAUUGUUACAGAUGAUUGACGGACUAAUUAAGAAGACACACAAAUUUUCGUUUCUAUAAAUAUCCUUUAAAUUUUUAAUUUUUGCCUUGAGUUGCUUUUUAUCUAUUCCCAUUACCAAUCCUUCAUUCUCGAGGUCUGCAUACAACUUUUUAAACAUUUCAUCUUUUAAUUUUAUAUUUCAAAGCAAUGGAUACUGAUCGUAAAUUUAAGAAUUUAAAAUAUAAAAGAAAACGAAUGAAUUAUAUCAAAUGACAAAUUCUUGUCACAUGCAUAUACAUGUAUAUCACAUGAAUGCGUGUGCGCGACUAGCGAGCGAGCGAAUUUAAUCGCUCAAUGUAAUCAUACAAAUCGUUACACGCUCACACGUCCGCGACUUUAAUCGCCGACACGCAGCGUGUAAAAUCGCUCAAUGUAAGAGACCCUUUAAGCAAAGCGAUUGUAUGCUUCUGUUUACUAGUGGAACGGUUCAUAAAUCAUAAGCAUGUGCGUGAUUGUGAACACUGUAAAUGCAUAAGCGUUCAACUGGAACGCACCCAUAAUAUAAAUAGUAUAGUAUAGUAAUCAAUGCUUUAAUCAUAGAUAAUUUCUUUAUUAUCUAUGGCUUUAAUCGUGUUUAAUAGUUACACAAAUUGCGGGGCUUAGCUAGAAAUUUCCAUAUUAUAAACGAUUCUGUGAGGAUGUAUUUUGAAAUUAGUAACGAUAUCCAGUUUUAAAUUUAUUUAACACCAGAAGAUUCGUUGUAUUUCAUGGGAAAGAUUAUAAAGAAUUACAAAAGAAAAUUCCGGCAUUUAUUCCAUGAUAUACUAUCUACAUUUAAAUUAUUUAUCAACAUUUCUCACAUUUCGUGUUUUUUAAAAUUAAUUCUAUAGUUUGCAAUAUCAUAAUAUAUACAUUUAAAUUUAUUUUGCAAAUAAGAUUAGUAAGUUUAAAUUAAACAAAAUUGUUAUAAUGAAGUGUAAUGUUUGUGAAAUUAACAAAUCUAAGUAUAAAUGUCCUAAAUGUAGAAAUGUCAAGUAGUAAGAUAGUCUCAAAUAAAUAUGUUUGAACAAAUUUAAAAAUUAUUGUUUUUCAGUUGUUCAGUUGUAUGUUACCAAAAUCAUCUUUUAGAUAAUUGUACAAUAAGCGAUCAAGACACGUCAGUAGAAAUAGUAAAAAAUGCACAAUUGUAUCCAACUGAAGAUACCAUCUCACCAGAAAAAUUGAAUUUAUUAUGUAUGUAUUAUUAAUUAAUUGAGUUCUGUUGUUUAAUAAUUACUCAACUAAUACUUUUAAAUUUAUUAUAAAUAUAUACUAGGUUAAAAAAAAAAAAAAAUACAAAUUAUAGUAAAGGUUAUUUAUUAAACAAUUAUAAUGUUCUCUAAAAACUUUGAAUAAUUAAUCUUCCCUACUCUUCAAAAUCACAUAUCAUUUUUGAUUUUAAUAAUUUACUCAACUUAUACAUAUAUCUAUACAAUUUCAAUUUUUACUAUUUGAUAGUUGAUAAAAUUUAAUAAAAUAGUUAUAAAAAUCAUUGUAUGUUACGUCUAAUGUAUAUAAGAACAAAACAUAUACUAAAUUAUAUGCAUGGUAUUAAAAUCAGGUAUAUUAUUUUUGUUGAUAUAUGGAUUUAAUUUUCUUUGGUUUAUUACUUAUCUAAUAGACAUAAAAUCAUAUUAUGUAAAACCACCAACAUAGUCUUUCUAUUAAACUAAAGCAAAAAUUAUUUAAGUUUAAAUUAUAAGUUAUAAAAAGUAAAAGCUAAUUUAUAAUUGACAAAGAUAGUUAUAGAAUAUGAAAUAUAUAUUAAUUCUAAAUUAGUUAACCUUGUUAUUUUAAUGUCUAUCUGUAAAAGCUUUUUAAAAAAGCUUUAUUUUAAUUUAAUACAAAGAUAUAUUGCACUUCAAUUUUUUUUUCUAACUAAUUGACUCAAAUCAAAUUAUUAUUAUUAUUAAUAUUUACUUAUAUGUUUAGGUUAUGACAAACGUUUAAAAGAAUUAGUUUCCGAUUCUUACUUACAAAACUUAUUGGCAAAAAUAGACACCAGUACUAAUCCUAAUGAAGAAUUAGAAAAAGCUAUGAUUGAACCUAUAUUUGAAGAAUUUGCUAGACAAUGUUUAGAAAUUGUGAGAAAUGAAAAUAUGAAUUGAUUGACAAACAUUUAAAUUAUCUCCAAGUACAAACAUUUGUUUUAUUUUUCAAAUCAAUAUAUGUAUAAGUGCAACAAACUUGACCAACAAUUUAUCAUGUAUGAUAUUAUUAUAUUAAAUAACAUAUUUAAAUAUGUAUGC